AUGGCUCACUACCGCGAUAGCCUCGUCGCCUGCACCGUCAUCCUCCUCGUCUUCAACAGCGUUGCCGUGGCGGCCCGGUUGUACUCGCGGCUGCGCAUCACGGAAUCGUUUGGCGCCGACGACGUGAUGCUGUGUUUGACUUAUUUGGGCUACAUUGUCCUGUGCGGCCUCAGCUUCACGGCCUUGCACUACGGCUAUGCGGCCGAGGACGACAAGCCGUACUCGACGCUGCAACCGUACUAUAGUCCCGACAAGGCAAAGCAGUUCUACUUCGCCAACCAGCUCGUCAUCUACAUCGACUCCGGUCUGAUCAAGCUCGCUGUGGCGCUCGUGCUAAUGCGCAUCGCCACCACGAGGGCCGUACGAUGGCUCCUCAUCGGGUCCAUGGGUGUCGUGGUCGUUUGGACCACCGUCAUGACCAUCUACUCGUCCCAUCUCUGUGCCAAGGCCGGCACGAGCAACUACGCCGGGUCCAAGACGUGCAACAUUGUUGGGUAUUUCCGCACAACUACAAACAUUGUCAUUGAUUAUUUCUACGCGCUGCUGCCGGUGUAUAUCCUCUGGAAUGUCAAGAUGCGGUUGGUUUUGAAGCUGAGCGUCGUGUUUCUGCUGGGGCUGGGCAUUUUUGCCAGCGCUUCCACCAUUGUCAAGCUCGUCAUCAUCAUCCGCCUCAACCACGCCGUGGGCGACGAGGCCCAGCACCUGCAUUACCAGCUCCUCCUCUGGGCCGACGCCGAGCUGGGGCUGGCCAUCUUGGCCGCCUCGCUGGCCGCCGUGCGCCCGCUGCUGGCCAGGCUUCACGUCCCCGGCCUGAACAAACACAGCGCGGACCGGUCGUCGUCGGCCCGCAAACCGGUCAGCAGCAGCGAGGCGAUGGGCCCGUACAGGGAGAUUCACGACGCGAAUCCAGUAGUGAAGGGCGGAACGAAUGCGAGCAAGAGCUGUGUCCAGCACCAAGUGGUGACUGACAUUGAGAGUCACGAGAUGGGGCCCUUGGAGCCGGGCAGCAUGAGAGUAGGGGCUGAGCAAUGA